CUGCAUCAGAGCUGCGCUGUGUGUGAGAAGAGAUUGAAUCACCACAACACCAACCAGGCACAAGAUGUGGAGGGUCACUCUCUGUGUGUUUGUGGGAGUGAUGGGGUUGGGUUUUGUGUCCUGCUCCAUCACAUGUCCUGACGGGAAGCUCUGCCCUGACCUCUCCACCUGCUGUGCAACCAAGCAUGGAUACGCCUGCUGCCAUUACCCAAAAGCAGUGUGCUGCUCCGACAUGGCCCACUGUUGCCCAUCAGGGUUUCAGUGUAACCUUGUCACCCAAACGUGUGAGAGAAAGUAUCAGCCGUGGAUGAAUGUACCCAUGCUGAAGAAAGUGGCAGCAGAAGAGCCAAGCGAGUCUGUCCCCCCCGUCUCUCCCCUCCAGAAGCUUGACAACAGCCUCGUCCCAGACCAAGCAGAGCAAAACAGCUCUGUGGUCCGCUGUGACAGCUACUACGUUUGUCCUGACCACACAACGUGCUGCAGACACCCAAAAGGUGCCUGGUUCUGUUGCCCGUACUAUCUUGGCAGGUGUUGUCUGGAUGGCAUCCACUGUUGUCCACAUGGCCUUGACUGUGACCUCACUUACCAACACUGUGUGAGGCAAGGCCUGACGUAUCCUUUCUCACCGAGACAAGCAGCAUCUGCAGUUCCUGCCACUCUCAUUUCCACUAAGGAGGAUGACGUCCAAGUGAAGGAGAAACAAGAUGAGUUGUGGAUGGAUGUACCCGCACUGAACAAAGUGGCAGCAGAAGAACCAAGCGAGUCUGUCCCCCCCGUCUCUCCCCUCCAGAAGCUUGACAACAGCCUCGUCCCAGACCAAGCAGAGCAAAACAGCUCUGUGGUCCGCUGUGACAGCUACUACGUUUGUCCUGACCACACAACGUGCUGCAGACACCCAAAAGGUGCCUGGUUCUGUUGCCCGUACAAUCUUGGCAGGUGUUGUCUGGAUGGCAUCCACUGUUGUCCAUAUGGCUUUGACUGUGACCUCACUUACCAACACUGUGUGAGGCAAGGCCUGACGUAUCCUUUCUCACCGAGACAAGCAGCAUCUGCAGUUCCUGCCACUCUCAUUUCCACUAAGGAGGAUGACGUUCAAGUGAAGGAGAAACAAGAUGAGUCGUGGAUGGAUGUACCCGCACUGAACAAAGUGGCAGCAGAAGAACCAAGCGAGUCUGUCCCCCCUGUCUCUCCCCUCCAGAAGCUUGACAACAGCCUCGUCCCAGACCAAGCAGAGCAAAUCAGCUCUGUGGUCCGCUGUGACAGCUACUAUGUUUGUCCUGACCGCACAACGUGCUGCAGACACCCAAAAGGUGCCUGGUUCUGUUGCCCGUACUAUCUUGGCAGGUGUUGUCUGGAUGGCAUCCACUGUUGUCCACAUGGCCUUGACUGUGACCUCACUUACCAACACUGUGUGAGGCAAGGCCUGACGUAUCCUUUCUCACCGAGACAAGCAGCAUCUGCAGUUCCUGCCACUCUCAUUUCCACCAAGGAGGAUGAAGGCAAAGUGCAGGAGACACCCAUGACAGCUCUAACAGAAACCAGUGGUGGAGCCCCUGAGACAGCUGUCAUUCGUUGUGAUGCCAAGACCUACUGCCCAGCAGGGAGGAGCUGUUGCAUGGGACCCUCGGGCCAAUGGGGCUGCUGUCCAUACCAGCUGGGUCAGUGUUGUAAGGAUGGUGUGCACUGCUGUCAGUAUGGCUAUACCUGCGACGCAUCCUCCCUGAAAUGCAAAAAAGGGUACUCUCAGAUACCCUCAGGAUCAAAGGAAGAUGCCAAACAAGACUGAGGAAAUCUUGUGUAAUAUUUUUGCACCUUGGCGUAAUUAUGAUUUAUGAGCAUUUUUGAUACGUUCUAUAUUUUAAACAAAAUUAAGACGGUUCAAACAAAAUGCACAUGUUUCAAACAAAAUUAACAAAGCAUGACUGUGUCCACUGAGAAACUAACACAACCUGUAACACUGAUUUGAACAUUUAUCUUGAUUUUACUGCUUCACCAAUCCCAAAUUAUUUUCUUGUUUGACUGUAAUGGUGAUGUCAUUGCCUGUGAAUGCCUGACCUUGUUGGUCAAAACAUUACAAAUAAACUUGCUUUA